UCCGACUACAAAUAUCUCCCACACUCCAACGCUCUGUGCCAAAAAACCCACGCACAAAAAGCUCUCAGUUUUGACAAUGCACAAGACUUCUUCAGGCUCGUCUCUUGGCCCGGGAGGCCUCGACCUAAGCGAGGCCUUCUUCAAGCCCAUCAAGAGCGCCGCCCCUCUGUCCCCGACCAAGCGCCACACCAAGAUCUCCGUCAUUGGCGCUGGCAACGUGGGCAUGGCCAUUGCCCAAACCAUCCUCACCCAAGACCUCGCCGACGAGCUCGUCCUCGUCGACGCCAACCCCGACAAGCUCCGCGGCGAGAUGCUAGACCUCCAGCAUGCCGCUGCCUUCCUCCCCCGCACCAAAAUCCACGCCUCCGUCGACUACGCCGUCACCGUCGGAUCCGAUCUCUGCAUCGUCACCGCCGGGGCCCGCCAGAUCCCGGACGAGUCUAGGCUGAACCUGCUGCAGAGGAAUGUGGCUCUGUUCAAGGGGAUCAUACCCCCUCUUGCCCGCUACUCCCCGGACUCCAUUCUGAUGAUUGUUUCCAAUCCCGUGGAUGUGCUUACUUACGUGGCCUGGAAGCUAUCUGGGUUCCCCUCGAAUCGGGUUAUCGGGUCGGGUACCAAUCUCGACUCAUCCAGGUUUCGGUUCCUCAUCGCCGAUCAUCUCGACGCAAACGCUCAGGACGUCCAGGCUUACAUAAUAGGGGAGCAUGGUGAUAGCUCGGUGGCGCUGUGGUCAAGCAUUAGCGUCGGCGGCGUGCCGGUAUUGAGCUUCCUAGAAAAGCAACAAAUAGCGUACGAAAAGGAAACCUUAGAGAAUAUUCACAAAGCAGUGAUUGAUAGUGCUUAUGAAGUGAUAAGCCUCAAAGGCUACACAUCGUGGGCUAUUGGGUACUCGGUGGCCAGCCUGGCUCGAUCCCUUCUUAGAGACCAGAGGAAGAUCCACCCGGUCACGGUCCUUGCAAGAGGGCUCUAUGGCAUUGAAGGUGGGGACGUGUUCUUGAGCCUGCCGUCCCAGCUUGGUAGGGGUGGGGUCUUGGGCGUCACCAAUGUGCAUCUGACGGACGAGGAGGCGCAACGGCUAAAGGAUUCGGCUACCACCAUCCUGGAGGUGCAGAACCAGUUGGAAAUAUGAGCUUAAUUAAAGGAACUCUACCACUUGGGUCGCUUUCUUUCUGUACCAGUUUCCCUCUACUUUGUUUCUGCAUUUUUAUGGCUAUCGAAAUCCAUUUUGGUGUUGUAGAAGUUGGAAAUAUGAGCUUAAUUCAAGGAACUCUACCACUUGGGUCACUUUCUUUC